AUGGCAUCUUACAGUAUCCUGCAUCGGGAUUAUAAACGGGAUACGAACCUCUUAAUAAAAAAUGAUUCAUCUUUUCGCCCAGUCAUCAUAAAGGAUCUCCCAGGCAUUCAUGAAGAUCGUCCAACCGUCGUAGAAGAUCGCCCAGGUGUUGAGGAAAAUCGCCCAACCGUCACAAAUGAUCGCCCAGGCAGUGAGGGAGAUCGCCCAUUCGUCGGAAAUGAUCGUCCAGGCGUUGAUGAAGAUCGUCCAGCCACCGUAAAAGAUCAUCCAGGUGUUGAUGAAGAUCGUCCAGUCGCCGUCAAAAAUCGCACAGGCAUUGAGGUAGAUCGUCCAACCCUCGUAAAUGAUCGCCCAGGAGUUGAUGAAGAUCGUCCAGCCAUCGUCAAAGAUCGCCCAGGAGAUAUUGAAGAUCGUCCAGCAGUCGAUAAAGAUCGCCCGGGCGUUGAUGUAAAUCGUCCAGCCGUCGUAGGAGAAAACUCAGACGUUGGUAAAAACCUUUCAGCAGCCGUAGGAAAUCGUCCAGCCGUUCUUAAAAACCACCAAGAAGGGCAGGUCGUCGUAAAAGACCGCCUACCCGUCGCCAACGAUCGAUCAGCUGAGGGGUUAAAUCGCUCAACCACCGUCAUUGAACUAACAGAAAGCACCAAACUAGAGUCGCUUGCUAAUGCUACACAUCGUCAGAAAGUACGCAAGGAUGUCCUACGAAAGGCAUGCUCCGAACUCAAACGGAAACCAUCAAGAACGGGUAACCUGAGCCCAAAGGCUCUUGCCUCCUUCGACCAUACAAUGUUCUUUGAUAAGCACCGAAUGAUGUACUGUUAUGUGCCAAAGGUAGGAUGCACUAGCUGGAAGCAGGCUUUUCUUGCAUCCCACGGGAUAAUACUGCCCAGCAACGUAAGCAUCCACAAGACAUUCGAAGCUACUUUCAAGAACUUGAGUCAGGUGAAACCAGUAUUAGCCAAUCGGAAAAUCAAGGAAUACACUUAUUUUGUGUUUGUCCGCAAUCCUUUUACACGUUUACUGUCAGCGUUUCGCGAAAAGAUUGAGAAUAGAAACCCCAGAAACCCAACUGAUUGCCACCUAUGUUUCCUGAUGACUCGCUGGUUCCGGGAAACAGACCCGCUAUACUUGGACAGUAGGAACCGCUCUGAACCAUAUACCUUCGAACAGUUCGUCCGGUACGCCAUUGGUACUAAAAAACCAAACGAGCAUUGGACCAAUCAGUAUCAGUUGUGUCACCCGUGUCAGGUCGAUUUCGAUUUUAUCGGGAAGUACGAAACCAUACACGAAGAUGUAGAGGAUUUCUUGAGAUCGAUGACGAGCGGUUCUUCGCUAAGGUUCCCAGAAUCUGAUCCUUCAAAACCACGAACGCAUAGUUCCAGUGAUGAGAACAUGGUUAAGUACUACAGUUCUCUCCCGGAUCACGUCUUUGUUGCCCUUGUUCAUAGCUUGUACCGUGAUCUAAGAGUGUUCGGGUAUUCUAUACCGGAAGUUAUCAGUAGGCCCAACCUGCGUCUUCCGGUAACCAUAGAGACUGAUUAAAAGAAGUAUCUUUAGUAUUCACUGCUGCGCAGCUGGAUCGAAGGAAAAAUCUUGGAAAUUAUGCGUACACCAAAGAUCUAAUAUGAAAAUCACAUGCAGUGACAUCAAAUAGAACAAUGGCCACUUGCGUGGAUUUAUGGACAAGUUGAAUAUGCUACGCCAACUGGGUAUCUGAUCGAAAGAUAAGCUUAAAUAUCUAUAUAAAAAUGACAAAGAUUCCUAAAAUUAUCAUGGUUAGGAAAUUUGUUUGUUGUGUGUGGGAGGAAAUUUGAUGUGUCACAACAAUAAUGAAUGAACAAAAUAUUAAUUGAAUAUGAUUUUUCAUUAAACCAUUUUGUGAAAAUCAAUAUUAUGUAUUCUUUCAGCUCAAAUUAUGGCACUUCUGAUAUUCCGAAUUUUUAGUAAGUUAUUCAUUAUGGAUAUAACGAUAUGUGUUGGUAUUCGAAGCAGAAUGAAGGACACUAAUUGCAGAGGAGACAAUGGUCUGUAUUCUGAAAUCUAUUUAAAUAAGGUCAGGGUCUUACUCUGUGUUAAAAAUUAUGGGAAGCCCCAAAAUUUCAAAAUUUUCAUUUAUAUCAUAUCUUUACUUGGCUCUUUGCUCGUGUUUUAAUUUGAAGAGAACUACCCCGGUAAUAAUUGCUAUACAGUGCGUCCCAGAAAAAACGAAACCGAAAUUAAGCGAUGAUUUAUCAUAACUUAAUUACAAAUACAAUAGACAAAGGACCUACCAAUGUAAAGCUUAAAAGCUCCCCUUUCAUCUGAUAUUACUUAGAUUAUUCCUUAUUCACGCAUGGGUGAGCAAAAACAAUUUGAAGAAAGGAUACCAAAAACUCAUUUGGCUGGGGGUAUCUGAAUUUCAAAAAGAAAAUCACAUGCCUAAAAAGUUCAAUAUCUGCUCUUUUAUUUGAUACCUUAAUCACAGAAAAAUGUCAAGAAGUAAAAAAGUUAUGUUCCCUCGAAACUGUGCUUGUAUUUCCAUAAUUUCAAUAAAUAAACGUGUUUUCACCGGUUUCCCACAGAAGCUAUCGCAUGGUUAAUGAUGCAUGGCUGAUCGUCAACAAAACGUAGUGUCAAGUGAGUUUGAACGCUAGCCUGUCAUGCAUGUAGAGCCUCUUAAUUUUACGAAAUUAUUGAAAUUCACGCCUUAUUUAAAAUAACUAGAACUUUGUUAUUUCAUGACCAUUUUCUGUAAUUGGGUAUCAAAUUAAAGCGAAGAUAUUGAACUUUUUUAAAAUGUGGUUUUCUUUUUGAAACCCAGAUACAGCCCGCCAAAUGACUUUUUGGUAUCCCUCUUCACAUUGUUUUUGCUCACUCAUGCGUGAAUGAGAAAUAAUCUAAGUAAUUUCAGAUGAAAGAGGAGAUUCUAAGCGUUACAAUGGUAGGUCAUUUGUCUAUUGUAUUUGUGAUUAAGUUAGAUUAAUCUCGGUUUCGUUUUUUGUGGGACGCACUGUAUAGUAAAUUAUUAACGAUUCAAGUGUCAAAUCAAACGGCACUUAACAGUUCGAUAAACCUGUCACAAAUAGCUAUCCAUUGUUAAUCACAACUUUAGACCAGAGUAUGAAUUAAACUCGAGUUCAGAAAA